AUGACUGAUCACAUAAUACAACAGGUGCAGGUGCAUUUGCCCAACAUCCCCCUUGAAGUAGUUUCUCAGGGAGCAGAGGCCUUAGUCUUCCAAACAUCCGUGCAUCCUUACUACUCCAAGCCAUGUCUUCCUCACCAAGACAAGUUCAUCAUCAAAUUUAGACCCAGAAAGCCUUACAGACAUCCUAAGAUCGACGCAGCUAUCACCAAGAACAGAACAAUCGGCGAGGUCAAAUUCAUGGCCAAGUUGACCAAAUUAGGGAUCAAAGCACCAUCAGUGAUUCUGGCUGAUUUCCCCAACGGUAUCAUCUGGAUGGAAUACCUUGGCAAGAAAUUGCCCAAUGGCGAUGUCAGCUCGCUCAAAAACUGGCUCUGGUACUACGAGAAGGUUCUUGCGGACGAGUCGUUAUGCUUGGGCUCUGAAGUCCAACAGGCAUGCAUCAAUGUGGGUCUGCUUAUAGGCAAGUUGCAUUUAAAUGAUAUGAUUCACGGCGAUUUGACCAGUUCCAAUAUCUUGUUAGAAGACUCGGAACCCGUGCUAAUUGAUUUCGGAUUGUCUUCCUACUCAGGCAUGGCUGAAGAUAAGGCUGUGGAUUUAUAUGUGCUUGAAAGAGCCAUGUUGAGCACCCACUCCAAGUAUUCUGACCACUAUGUCAAGUGGCUCUUACAAGGCUACGAGCAGAUUCAUGGCAGCAAAGAGUUUAGAUCAGGAGGAAAGAAGUUGGUCGAAACAUUGAGAAAGUUGGACGAGGUAAGAUUAAGAGGAAGAAAGAGAAGUAUGUUGGGAUAA